GAGGGCAAAAGUACGCGGAGAUUGCGCGUAAUGGAGCCAACGUGGAUGCUGUGUUUAUGAUCAAUACUUUUCUCCAUUUUCUGUAUCAUUCUCAGUGCAACGACGUGUCAUUCAAAUUUACUCACUUAAAAUAACAACCAUGGGCUCUCCAAAUCAUUUGUGUCAUCGCAAACACAAAGUUCUCAGCGACAUGGAAACUGAAGAAACAAUCGAAGACAUCUCGGAAUCAGUCGAUGAUUUACGAGAGCGACUUGCGAAUGUCAAAAAAAUGAUGCAGGAACAAAGUGGGUACACUCUAGGUGAGAUUGCAGCUAAAAAAAAAAUGUUUAAAUCGGAUGUUAUCAAUGGAAAUUUAUUGUCUCUUAUAUUCGCUGGUGUAUUUUUUGUCGUUAUCGGCGCAAGUGCUUGGGCAUUUUAUAAUCUCUAUAGAGCAGUUCUUAAAAAAUUUCCUUCUCAUCAUACAGAAUUGUAAUUUUAAUUUUUUUCUUCAAAUAAUUGUCUACUGUAAUUAAUUAAUUAUAAUAAAUAUAAAUAACAAAUAGAA